AUAUCUGCAUUGAGCGAGUCGAUUUGACUUGUUAUUGUAUAAUAUCUCCAUUGACCCGUGAUUCUUUUAUUUUUAGAUUUAUACAGCUCCGUGAGCAGCACUACAUUUCCAUUGACGCCUAUUCAGAUUAAAGCCGAGUGUUCUCCUGCCGCGCUCAGCGAACUUCAUCCUUCGGAUAUCGAGUCAUUGCCACCACCGAUUAUGCGUCUUCACCAGGAUGCAACCACGUUAUCCGCGGAUCGAAAAGACUCGGUGCGAUUCAAAAAUUACAGCCAGCCCUUGGAUGAAUCAGACAACUACAUCAUCCGACCGCAAUCGGCCAUUUCAUGCAGCAACGUCUCCAAUCGAUCGGACCCUCCUCUCACGUCUACCGAUGCAUUACUUAUCGCAGACACCUUUCGACAGCGCAUGCGACGUCCCGAGUGGCAACAAGCCCAAGAUCCAGCGCACAGUAAAGAAUUCCUUUCUGAGGAAGAUGCAAGACAGAAACAAGAAGAACAGGAAGAAGAGGAAAGACGGAAAAAGCUGAGUCAAGAAUUGCUAAAAAAGGAGCUUGCUGCUGAAGGAACGCUGAUGAAGAAAGUGGGCAAGCGAGCCAAUCUGAGCGCCAUUAUUUAUCAUGCAGAUGAGCUGAAAUAAAAUAAGCCAAUCCAUUCCUCCUCAUAAACCCUUUUCCAAUAAAAUAUACUAUAGUGCCAGUUUUUAUGUAUGCAGUGGGUAAGGUACAAAAAGAAAAUAUCAUGCUUGCAAAGGUGGUCGUGCUGUAGGGGCUACGUGGGGUCGACAUCGGUUGGGUGAAUCGGUCAACUUUGUGGUGUCUUGUCCAUCCCAAUCCUGUACUGUGAUCAUGGGUAA